UUUUGCUUGCGAAUUUAUUCUCUUAAGUUCUCCAAAUUCUAUUUUAAUAAUUUCAAAUUUUGAAAUAUUUACGGCUUCUACAACGUAUUAAUUCGCGAUAAAUAUAAGGAGUUUCAGAUUUUCUGUUGAAACGGAAAAUGCCGUGUGGAGGGAGAUCGGCGAAGACUGGAAAAGAAGGAUUGGUGCCGGUGUUCCUCAAUGUCUACGAUCUUACCUCCAUGAAUAGCUACGCUUAUUGGCUCGGCCUCGGCGUCUAUCACUCCGGCGUGCAAGUUCAUGGAGUGGAAUAUGCGUUUGGAUCUCAUGAACAUGCGACGACUGGAAUCUCCGGGGGAGAACCGAGGCAGGGCAAUGGAUUUGCAUUUAGAAAGCAGAUUCUGAUAGGAUUUACAGAGAAGAAGUGGAUGGAGGUUAGAGGAGUCAUGGAAGAGCUUGCUGAAGACUACAAAGGAAAUUCAUAUAAUCUCAUCGCCAGAAACUGCAAUCACUUCUGCAAUGAUGCGUGUGUUAGACUCACCGGAAACGCGAUUCCAAGUUGGAUUAAUCGUCUCGCGAAAAUAGGUUCGUUGUGCAGCUGUAUAAUUCCGGCGAGCGUAAAUUCAAUUAAAGUCGGAAUCAAGGCUAACAAAGUGCAUCAUGAAGGAGAAUUUAGCAAGAAUCACAGAAGCCGAUCUGGAAACGGAAGGUACGCGGCUUCGUCUUCGAAUUCUUCAUUGUCGUCUGAGAAAUCAUCAUUGCCAUUAUAUCCUGUUGUUGAUCGGAGCAGAAGUCAUAGAAGUAAAGCUUCUCUACCUCCAUCUUCACCUAUGAUUCUUAAUUUCUGUUUUUCUUCUCCAGCAUCACCUUAGCUUCAUUAGUAUUUUUGUUAUCACUUUAAUCUAUCUCGUUUGUGUUUCUAAUUGUUUUUUUAAAAAAAUGGAUAUUUUAUAUAUAUGAAUCAUUGCUUCUGGAAUCAA